GCCUUCCCUAUCCAUUUCCAGUCUUAAAAACCCUACUACGCCCAUAACCCCUGAACUGAAGAAGAAGAAGAUUGUUAUUGGGGAGGAAAGAAAGAUCAUUUCUUUGUUUUUGAUUCGUAUGGUUGGUUAGCACUUAGCGAUAACAAUGAAUCUAUCCAAUAUGAUCAUCACUUCACCUUCAUCUUCAACACCCACCACUCUUUUUCUCAACCCUUCUCCUCUCAGAUUCACCACAGCUAAUUCCUUCAAUUCCCUCUCAAGAAAACAUCAUCACAGUCGACGCCGUUACCAAAUUUCUAUCUUUCGAUGUUCUUCAUCUGAUUCGCCCAAACCUGUCAAUCCCGUUGCUUCCGAUGUCUUUGGUGGCGAGAAGGAGCUCACUGGGAUUCGGUCUGUGGUUGAAACCAUGUCGCCGGCUGUUAGAUUAGCUACCUCCGCCCUUAUUUUGGCAGGUACAGUCGCUGCUGGUUAUGGAUUGGGGUCUCGUUUAGGUGGGUCUAGGAACGCUGCCUUGGGGGGUGCAGUUGUUUUGGGUGCAGCUGGAGCUGGUGCAGCCUAUGCUUUGAAUUCGUGUGUUCCGGAUGUUGCUGCUGCGAACUUGCAUAAUUAUGUGGCUGCUCUUGAUGAUCCAUUGGCCGUCAAGAGGGAAGAAAUUGAAGGAAUCGCCAACAAAUAUGGUGUAAGUAAACAAGAUGAAGCAUUCAAUGCAGAGCUCUGUGAUUUGUAUUGCCGGUUUGUUGCAUCUAUUGUUCCUCCCGGAAAUGAAGACCUUAAAGGCAGUGAAGUAGAAACUAUUGUUAAAUUCAAGAAUUCAUUGGGAAUUGAUGAUCCAGAUGCUGCUGCAAUGCAUAUGGAGAUUGGGAGGAGAAUCUUCAGGCAAAGGCUUGAAACUGGAGACCGUGAGGGUGAUAUGGAACAACGUCGGUCAUUUCAGAAGCUAGUAUAUGUCUCUACUCUGGUGUUUGGAGAAGCAUCGGCUUUCCUUUUACCGUGGAAGCGUGUAUUCAAGGUUACUGAUUCCCAGGUUGAAGUUGCUAUUCGUGACAAUGCCCAAAGGCUAUAUAGCUAUAAGCUAAAAUCAGUCAGAAGAGAUUUGGAUUCCCAACAACUUGUGAACCUUAGAGAAGCCCAACUUUCUUAUCGACUGUCUGAUGAGCUUGCUGCUGACAUGUUCAAAGAGCAUACAAGAAAACUUGUUGAAGAAAACAUAUCAGCCGCCCUUAACAUACUGAAGGCUAGGACUAGAGCAACCAAGGACGCUUCAAGUGUUAUUCAAGAACUUGAUAAGACAUUGGAAUUUAACAACCUUCUGAUAUCACUGAGCAAAAAUCCCAAUGCCUCCAAAUUUGCUCCUGGGGUCGGGCCGAUUUCUUUACUAGGUGGGGAUUUUGAUGGUGACAGGAAGAUGGAUGACUUGAAGCUUCUAUAUAGGGCUUAUGUUUGGGAUGCCCUUUCAAGUGGUCGCAUGGAAGAAAAUAAGAUUCUGGCAUUAAACCAAUUGAGGAAUAUAUUUGGUUUAGGUAAACGGGAGUCUGAAUCAAUUACGCUGGAAGUGACCUCAAAGGUUUAUCGUAAGAGACUCGCUCAGGCAGUGUCUAGUGGCGAUUUGGAAGCUGCUCUGAGCAAAGCAGAGUUUCUUCAAAAACUUUGUGAUGAGCUACACUUUGAUCCACAGAAGGCUAUCGAGAUCCACGAAGAAAUUUACAGACAAAAACUUCAGCAAGUUGUUGCAAAUGGGGAGCUCAGUGACGUAGAUGUCAAAUCCCUCGAGCGGUUACAGGUUUUGCUAUGUAUUUCUCGGGAGACCGUUGAAUCUGUUCAUGCUGACAUAUGUGGAAGAUUGUUUGAGAAGGUUGUGAAAGAUGCUAUUGCUUCUGGAGUUGAUGGAUACGAUGCCGAUGUAAAAGAAUCAGUCAGAAAGGCAGCACAUGGUUUACGUCUAACCAGAGAGAUCGCCAUGUCAAUCGCAGGUAAAGCCGUUCGAAAAAUUUUCUCCACAUACGUACAACGGGCGCGAGCAGCUGGGAGUCGAACCGAGUCUGCAAAGGAACUUAAAAGAUUGAUUGCAUUCAAUACUUUAGUCGUGACUGAACUUGUAGCCGACAUAAAAGGUGAGUCACCCUCGACCCUCGAAGAGCCAGUUAAAGAUCAAGAAAAGGAGAUCGCUGAUGAUGACGACGAGUGGGUGUCCAUAGAGUCGCUUAGAAAAGUAAGACCGAGCAGCAAAGAUUUCGCUACGAAGACGGGGCAAACAGAGAUAACCCUAAAAGAUGACCUUCCAGAAAGGGAUAGGACAGAUCUUUACAAGACCUAUUUAAUGUUUUGUCUUACUGGUGAAGUCACCCGAAUCCCAUUUGGCGCACAAAUCACUACAAAGAAGGAUGAUUCUGAGUAUUUACUAUUAAAUCAACUUGGUGGAAUCCUCGGUUUGACUAGCAAAGAGAUAGUUGAAGUACACAGAAGCCUGGCCGAACAGGCCUUCAAGCAGCAAGCAGAGGUCAUUUUAGCGGAUGGUCAAUUAACCAAAGCCAGAGUUGAGCAGCUUAAUGAGCUACAGAAGCAAGUCGGUUUGCCUCCUCAGUAUUCUCAAAAAAUCAUAAAGAGCAUAACGUCUUCAAAGAUGGCAGCUGCAUUAGAAACUGCGGUCGGUCAGGGAAGACUUAGUAUAAAGGAGAUUCGAGAGCUCAAAGAAGCCGGUGUUGAAAUAGAAAACAUGAUUUCGGAGAGCUUAAGAGAGAACCUUUUCAAGAAAACCGCUGAUGACAUUUUCUCUUCCGGAACUGGAGAGUUCGACGAAGAGGAAGUUUACGAGAAAAUGCCGAAGGAUCUCAAUAUUAACAUUGAUAAGGCGAGGAAAGUUGUACAUGAACUCGCCAAAACUAGGCUCUCGAAUUCGCUGGUUCAAGCCGUGUCAUUGUUGAGGCAGAAGAAACACCCGGGAGUGGUUUCUUCACUGAAUGACUUGCUGGCUUGCGACAAGGCGGUGGCUGCUGAGCCAUUGUCGUGGGAGGUGCCAGAGGAGCUGGCUGAUCUUUUCAUUAUAUACAUGAAGAGUGAACCCGCAGAUGAAAAGUUGUCUCGAUUGCAAUACCUACUUGGCAUAAGUGAAUCAGCCGCGGAGGAACUUCGAGGAAUGGGUGAUAGCUUGCUGGAUUCUUCAUCGGAGAAGGAAGAAUUUGCGUUCUAGGUAUAGUUCAAUUUGUUUGAAUCUUUUUUGCAUCGUGGUUAGGAAUAGUGAAGACAAAAUUGAAUGCGGUUAUAUAAUUGCGAGAGUUUGAUACCCCUUUUUGUGCGAAAAAUAAUGGCACCAUCGCAUUGAUUUUUCUUUUCCAAAUAAUCUUAAUUGUGAUC